UACGCUCGACCUGCGAUGGAUCACAAGCUGUUGAACGACCUACUCGAGUGCUCGGUGUGCUUCGAGAUGCUGGACGAGACCAGUCGCGUGUUGCCGUGCCAACACACGUUCUGCAGACGAUGCCUCGAGGAGAUCGUCGAGUCGCAUCGCGAACUCCGCUGUCCCGAAUGCCGGACGCUGGUCGAUGUUAAGGUUGACGGUCUUCCAACGAACAUCCUCCUCGUGCGGCUACUGGAGGGGCUGAAGACGCGCAGUGUCACUGACGCGCAGCUGCCAACUGCAAGCAACAAUGUAGUGGGCGGCUCGCCAGGUGGCAUCGCUAACACCGGCAGCUCGCCAGGUGGCGUCGCUAACACGGGCGGAUCGCCAGGUGGCAUCGCUAACACGGGCGGCUCGCCAGGUGGCGUCGCUAACACGGGCGGUUCGCCAGGUAGCGUCGCUAAGACGGGCGACGCGCAAUCGGCCGGAACGAGUCCGGGGCUUGCUGGCAUCUCCGCGCGCGAGUCUCCCGCGCGGACAGUCUGCUCGCCGCGCCUAGGCAUCUCCGCGACGACGACGACGACACAGGCGGGCGGGAGCCGCGGGACGCCACCGCAGCGCAGCCCGUCGCACGCGGCGGGCGAGCAGCGGCCCGCGCAGCCGUGCGCGCGGGCGCUGUUCGCUUACGAGGCGAGGGAGCACGGCGACCUGACCUUCGCACGCGGCGACCUCAUCCUGCUUCGCAAGCAGAUCGACGACAAUUGGUACGUCGGCGAGAUCGACGGCCGCCACGGAUUCCUUCCUGUCAGCUACAUCCAGGUGCUGACGCCUCUGCCCAGCGCGGCGCCGCAGGCGAAGGCGCUGUACGACUUCAAGGUGAGCGAUCAGAACGAGAAGGAUUGUCUCACGUUCAAGAAGGGGAACGUCAUCCAGGUGAUACGACGCGUCGAUGAGAACUGGGCGGAGGGCCGGCUCGCCGACAGGAUCGGCAUCUUCCCGAUUUCGUUUGUCGACCUGAACAAUCCGGCGAAGGCGCUCAUCAAGUUAUCGGCGAGCGCGCCCGGUCCGGCGAAGGUGGCGCCACCUACCCCGAGCACGUCGGACACGUCGGAGAGCGACGGGCAGCAGACGACGCCGGCGCGCGCGGCCGCCUUGCUGCCGACAAAAAAGCGACACUCGAUGUCGGCGUUGCCGUCGUCGCCGGUACGCGCGGCUGUGCCGUCGCAGCGGCACUCGCUCGAGAUCGGCAUGGUGACGCUUCCUCCGCGAACGAGCACCGAGUCUGCCCGGCUGCCACCGCUGCACCCUCCGCCCCAAGCAGGGAAGGAAGCUUACCCGACGACGAUGCUGUCCUGUGCGGGGCCGGGCGGUGGCGGCGCGGUGCAAGGCUCGGUCGCUCUCGGCACGUCCGGGAUCAGCGCGGCGCGGCUCGCGUCCGCAGCGAAGAAGAACCAGCCGGCCCUUCUGUACAGCGCCCUCUACCCGUACAAGCCCCAGAAGCCGGACGAACUGGAACUGCGUAAGGGCGACCUGUACAGCGUGCUCGAGAAGUGUCACGACGGCUGGUACCGCGGCAUCUGCCUGCGGACGAACGCAGCCGGCGUCUUCCCGGGUAACUACGCGCAGGCGGCGAAGUCGCCGUCGACGCUGCCUCAGCGGGCCGCCGCCGCGAGGCAGCCCACCGCGGGCGUGCGAACGUGCGCGCUCGGCGGCAGCCCCAAGUCGGAGGUGUCGAUCCCGCCGAGGCAGACGUGCGGGAUGACGACUGCGGCGGCGGCGGUGCCUCCGCGGCCGUACGUGAGCGCGUCGGCGGCGUCGCGCCGCGUCGUCUCGUCGCCGUCCGUGCUCGGUCAGGUCACGCCGACCUCCAGCACCGUGUCGGCCCCGCCCAACAUGUCCGUCGGCGGCGGCGGCGGCGGCGGAGGCGGCGGCGGCUUGUGGCACGGAGACGCGCGGCCGGACGCGGCAAAGGGCUGGAAGGAGGAGAAGCUCGAGAAGAAGAAGAAGAGGUUUGGUGGAAAGAAGGAGAAGUCCGCGAAGGACCUCUUCCACUUCCUAACGGGCAGCGGUCGGAAGAAACACGCCGGGCAGCUGCAUCCGCUCCCGACCGCGGACGGUGGCUCCCCCGUGACGGCGGCGGCGGCGGCGCAAGGCCGACACCAUCGGUCCGACGGUGACAUCACGUCUGCUGCGAACCGCUCGCUGUCGACGCCAGAUGGCGCCACGGCCGCGGAUUUGCAGUCGGACUCGAGGCCGAUGCAGCCGGCGCCGCUGAUCCGGGAACGCUUUCGCUGCGUCGUUCCCUACCCUCCCCAGGGGGAGCAUGAGCUCGAGCUGAAGAUUGGCGAUAUUGUGUACGUGCACAAGAAGCGCGACGACGGAUGGUACAAGGGCACGCUGCAGCGGACCGGUAAGGGCGGGCUGUUCCCUGGAACGUUUGUCGAGAGCUUUUGAUGUCGUUUUUUCGAUUCACGGAUGUGUAAACAAAGGCUUUAUUUUCGUUGAGAUGAGAAAUCGGAGUAAUAGUUUUGUACUGAGAUCUUGCUGCUUUUAUGCGCAUGUGCCGCAUAGCUGGGUUAGAUGGUCGCUUUGGUUUAUACAUUUUCCGAAGGUCUCUCCGAGUGGUCUGCGCUAAUUGGCCCGACUUAUUUUUGUUACGUUCAUCAGUACUGUGUGGAAUGCAAUGAUUUGCGAGUCGAUUACGUAAACGCAGCGUCGCGUCAAUAUCCCAUAGAUCCAAAGCCAAUAGCCAAAUUGUCGCUGCAUUUCUCCGGAGCACUUGCGAUGAUGAAACAGAUGGUGUAUAGGUUUCAAAACAGACGAGCCUGAGAGAAUGGGAUGGAGUCGAGCGUAGCGCAGUCGUCGGCUCAUUGGUUGCACGCGCAAAUUAUUACAAACGUUGUUGCGGGAAAUUUUUACGAAACGAAGAAUUCCAAUCGAUAUCUAGUCGACCGAUUGCCAAAGUUUUGCUGAACUUGAAGCGAAAUAUGUUAUUUAUGUGCAGACGACGGGGCAAAGGUUACAGCAGGUCGGUUUCAACCAGAGUAGAUAAUAUAACAUGUUAUAUUAUCUACUCUUGGUUGCGACGGAUACGGUUUGAAUGGAAUGCGAGACGUGUGCGGAAUUCAAUGGAAGAAAAGCUGGACACAACAAAUGCACAGCUCGUGUGCUAGCUAAUGUAGCAUGUAAUUGUGAUGAACUCUCGGUUCCUACGCAAGCAGAACCAUGUGUGCAGGAUUAAAUUUAGAAAGGAAGUACAGUGCGUCGGUUUCUAGGAAACCGUAGUAAACCCUCUUUGACUGAUUCGCGCAGCGGAAACGUAAUGCAUACACUAGCACAAUUAUUGCCUGAUUGCUCUAAGGUAUCAGGUGUUGAGAACACAAAGUGGGUUGGUUCAGAAAUUCUUGGUGCCGCAGUGGCACAUCUGACUGCUCUGAAAACGUGGGACAGCAAGUGUGUACUGAAGUGUGCUUUUCAUUACAGUUUUUGGGGUUAAUCACACUCUCUAGUUGACUAUGUACAUUUGCAAGUUUUACAGAUUUCCCUUUGCUCCAGUUUUGACGCCCGCAAGAUGCAAGAAAACAAUGAUGGUAUCAUAAUCACUAGGGGUAGAGUGACUCGGCACUAUUACUGUUGCACAUAUGGAAUUACUCAGUAUUAUCGAUGUAAAUGUAUAUAUAUAUACUAACUUGGAAGCGUCAUGGAGCAGUACAAGGCACAAAAAUCCCAACGUUUUUAAAUAAAAGGCGGCUGAUCAAUGAGAUACGCACUAGCACUAGCAGCAUCUUCACAACAACUGUAUUUUUGCAUAUAUGAUAAUUUGAUAUUCAUGUUUUGAUGACACAGUGCUAUUUUUAUAAUUCUACCACUUUUUAUGCGUUGGCGAUAUUACAUUAACUACGACUGGUUCUUGUUUUCAUAGCUACACACAUUAUGGUGGUUAACUUGAUACACUUACGAGGGAUAUUAACUAUGAAGUAUAUUUUGCGAGAAGGAAACUCUGCCACACACUUGCUGCUUUACAAAGCAGUGAUCAUAGUUAAUUUGGUAAGUCUUCAUCUUUUCACACGAAACAUCUAGUAGUCAGGUGUGUACUAUGUAUUACAUCAAGAGCGUAUCAAUCUAUUGAUAGACUCCUGAUUUACAUGUUUAUUACAGUAGGAACUUGUCUGCCAAGCUUGCUAAUGUGUACAAGGCGUUUAUUCCCAUAUUCUACCCUUAGAGUUUCUGGUCCCUUAUCUGCUACUCUUAACUGUAUAUCGAUAAAUUUUCGAUUAGUUAUGUUUUGAUUGUACCCCUUUAUUAUUAUCAGUGUCCAAAAGUAUGUACGGAAAUUAAAAGUAAACACUAGUCUUCUUUUCAGUUAAGUCAGGAAAGCGUUAGUCAUGGGAUCGGACAGUAUAUUUGUGACAUGCCUAGACAUGAUUUGUCCUCUGCCCUUUUCUCUGCGGUUGGCUGAAUAGGAAACUGGGAGUUAGCGUACAUCUGAGUCUCAUCUGUCAAGUAGACAGCGCAGUAGUAGUGUAAUGACUAACCACUCAACGGCAGCCGACGUAGAUGUGUGUUGUGAACUUAACAUGACUAAGCUGGUCCCGUCACUUGCAUCCAAUUUUCAAAAGUCACUCGUUUUCUUAAAUUUUGAUCAAGUCGCAGAAAAGCGCGUUUCAAUGCGGAUUUUGUAUGUUGAAGAAACAAGCUACUAGUCUGUACUCACUAUCUAUUUGAAACUGUCAUCUGAAAUUUGCUACAUCAGUUAUUUCAAGCAACAUGCUUCUCCCUGUAGCUACACAGGGAAUGGCGGACUAACAUAAAAUUAAAUGGAUAUUUACAAGCGUUUUCGUGAUAUCAGACAGUGCUACUUAGCUGUGUGAUUUUAAUCAGAAGGAUAAGCUGUGCAUACUGGUAGCAAUGAAUUCUAGCAUUUCCUAGAGGUGUAUUUUUGGUAAGUUUGUUUUUGUAGCAUCGUUGAUUUAUUUAAAUAUCAGCCAAAAUUGGAACGUGUAUUUUCAUCAGUAGUAUUUUGUAUCAUAAUAGAAGAUAUAUAUCAUUGAAUAAUUGUACCAGGAGUAAAUAAAAACAAAUGUGUUUUUAUUCACUCAUGAUUGUACGAUUGGUUUAUAUUUCACUGCAUCUGCACUGCAGCUGGCUAUAUAUGUGUUUGGCAUCAUUUUGCUAUGGAACCUAAGUACAAAAUAUGCUAUUUUGUAUAAGGCAGACGUUGUGCUUGCUACUGCCAUUGGGUAUGUGCUCUCAGGAGUGUUACAAACAAUAAACAUAUCCAAUACAUAAUAUUACAAAUAAAGUUUUAAAUUUUAUAUACA